GGAAGCAAUACAAUGUGCUCCCAACCAGGAAACCUCUAUAGUCGGGCGGCAAGUUAAAGUACGCUUUUGCAACAGUCUGUCCACGCAGGUGACAGCCGAUGCUGCAAACCCGGUACAGGUUUGGCCCGACUCAAGAGCCGGUGCGCGAAGGCCGAAGCGCCAUGGCACGGCCCGUCUGGAUUCUGUCCUGCAGGCACCUGCUGCUGGCCACCGUAGUGACGCUUUUCGCCGCGGCCGGUAUUGUGGGUGCCUGCCACGAUCUCGACUUCUUCCGAACCAGGCAAGAGUGUUCCCACACGUUUGAGAAUGAGUUCCGGAGGAGUUACGAUGAAUAUCACCACGACCAUGAUAAAAGUCGGGAGAUUGUGUGUUGUGCACUGAUGAGGGCAAACCAGUGCAUCAAGAGCCUGUAUCAGAGAAAACAGUGCCAGAAUGAUGGCAUUGAAAUCCUGGCCCACUUUGCUCGAAAGGCCAGCACAAAGGAUUGUGAAAACUUUGACUACCGGCCAUGUGGCUCGGGCACCUCCACCAUUGGUGCUUCAGCCUUGCUGCUGGCUGCCCUAGUGGCAUUUGUCGUGAAAGGGUCAUCAUGAUUUGCUUUUGCCUGCAAUCACUCUCACCAGGCACCAUUCCUGUUUGUAAUGUCAAGUGAUUUCAUUCAUCAAUCGCCCAGCAGAAUCACUGCUACAAAUUUAAGUUGUAAGUAAAGGAAUGAUAAGUGACAUGGCACCAAAACACAGCAGGAACAUGCGUACAGUGAAUGCACAAGAAAAGAUGUGUUGAAAACCAAGUCAGCUGUCUAUGAACCAUGUUCAUUAGCCUGAGGCAGCAAGAUGUGUGGAGUGAAAAUGUGAGACUAAAUAAACUUGUAACCCUAAAGUCUAACUUCUUGCCACAAUGUUAUCGAAAUUGUUCAUGUGAAUCAAAUGUUAAGAGCAAAACAGAUGCACAGCUUCUCCUAAGUCUUACCUAGCUAGAAUUUUGCAUUAGAGAUACAAGGAUGUCUGCGCAGUCAGGUUAUGUACAUCCUAGCAAUGAAAAUACAUGACUUGUUCUAUGCCACUAAGUCAUGCAUUCCUUCAUCAAAGGUAUUCAGUUGUAGCUGUGAGAAACAGCAAAGUAUUUGCCUACGUUUUACAUUGAAUUACUUAGAUUUACACUGCAAACAUGAAAUAAUAAGCAUUUUACCAGCUGCAUAAAGCAUGCAAAGCUUUCACACUAUGAAAACGUGUGAAAGUCAACAAGGCAUUAGAAUGAAUUGCUUUAAUACUGAACGGAUACUAUAAUUUCACCCUGUCACAAACUGUGCCUGACCACAACUCGAAAUUCUGAGGAAGCAGAUACUGUUAUGGAGAGUAAGGAAGAGAUGGAACACAGGAAUGUUGGAUGUGUUAGUAUGAGCAGUUUGUAGCUCAAAUGUGUCCAGAUUUCUGGUAGCAAGACCAACCCCCCUUUCUUACUGCAGUUUAAAUAAUCAGACUCAAUUCUAUUUAACCUGACCUUUCUGUGCCGAAACCGAUAUAAAUUAAAUAGGUUUCACCUCUCAGUAACCAUUAAUAGCUUCUCUAGUAAUACUCAAACAAGCACUCCUGUGUUUAUGAGUACCAUCAGCCAAUAAUGUUACAUUCACUUAUCUACUCUAGAUGAGUGUAAUGAAACUUUGAAGACAAAGCUUAUAGAAAUUAAAAUCUGUAAUGAAAGACUGCCAAAAAAAAAGAAAUGACUGCUACAGUUCAAAAGCACAAUUGUAAGGGGCAUUUUGGUAAUAUCACAGACAAAAAUACCUUGUUGAAACGAGAAGCAUAUUUACAAUGUUAUCCCAACAUAAGUACUGGUUAUGCAGUAAAGAAUAUGCGAUCAUCAGCAGCCUUACUAUGCCCAUUGCAGGACGGCGGUAUCUCCCAGAGAUCUCAAAAUAUAUCGGUUCUGUUUCAAGUGGAUUCCUGCCAUACUAAUGAAUUUCCUGAUCUUGUCACUCCAUCUAAUUCUUUUGCCACCCACAAUAAAGCCUUUAGCUGUGCAUUAAUGAACGUGCACAUCCCAUCGAAUGAGCUUCUCUUUAAAUAGUUUAAGAAGCUGCGUUCAGUCAAAAUGUGCCAAAAUGAAUAACAGACCUCGUAACACAUUAGCAGUAAUGCAGACUGCUACAAUAUCGUGCGAUAUUUGUAUUGUGUACACUAAUACACAAAAACAGUCGUGCAUGUGUCAUUCUCUAACAAAAUGUGCAUGAAAAAGCAAGCAGUAGCUCUGAUAUCUGAAUCCUACGCUCGUGUAAUAAAUGAAGAUAUCUCCCCCAUGCACUUUGUUUGCAAUCAGAAGCUACAGGAGAAAUAGUAUUCCUCCAAAAAGAAAAAGAAAUUGCAUAGCUAGCAUGGCCAGCAUUUCAUUGUAAUCCAAUUUCUUAUUUCCUGCCUUGCAUACAAGCUUUUGUAAUUGUGACUUGAUUCCAUCAAUCUUGCGCAAGGAUCGUUAUGCUAGUGACAUAACAGUCACACUUAAUAUUGUGUAAAAGCAUUGUUAUUAUCAUUAGGUGUGGGUUAGAACAUUUUGCUGAUGUACAUUUGGUACUAUAGAAACAUGUUUAAAAGAAAAGCAUUGUUCAUUGUAUAUUUAUGCACCCACAUAGGGAUAUCAUCAGGUUUAUAUUAACCACAUAUGACAUUUGUCUACAGUUUCACAAGUCUAGUUAUCACAAUCUGCCCAGAAACAUGAUAAAUAUGGAACAAGUGAUAAACUGCAAUGCUAAUCAUGGAGGUAAAUGCUCAGCACAGUACAGCAUCAAACAUGUAGCAUACUUUGAUAUAUCACCUGUUUAUUAAGUUUGCAAAAAAGUUGCAUUACUCAGAAAUAAACGUCUGAACAAAAUGGACACCACACAGAGAAGAACACAACAGAGUACUUGGUGUUCUCUAUGUGGUGCCCAUUUUGCACGCAACAUGUUCAUUUCUGGAGAUCACCAACUUGCCCAACGCCACAUCGGUUUCACAACUUGCCUUUUACAUAUAUCACUGUUCUGGUUUCUUAGGUGGAUUUCUGGAAGAGGUGAAAGUCAUCUGCAUUAGAAAUAGCGAUGUUCAGUUAGCUAAUUACAGCAACUUAAUUAACUAAGUAUACUGUUUAGGGGAGAUGUAAUUGCAAAAUUGAUGCCUGGCAGUAAUGAAGUCAUUUCAGCUUAGCAGAAAUCCUAAGAAUAGCACCAGUUUUGAGAUAUCCAUCACCAAAAUCUGCUAAAGAAAGUGCAUUGGUAUUCCAGUUAAGAUUGUCUUAAACCACUAGAGGGAGGAUUUGGGGGUAACUCUUGAAUGAAAUGCCACUGUAUGUUGUAUCAUAUUUUAAGGAUGGAUAUCUCGGAAAUGGUGCUAGUCCUAUUUCUGCUAAGCAGACAGUACUUCGCUGCUUGGUUUCAAUUUUUCAACUGCAACAUGUGCCUUAAAAUGAACAAUUACAGAAUUAAUGAGUGAAAUUUCUAAUUUAGCUACCUGGACAUUACAAUUUGCCAUGCAAGUAUGUCUGCUGCUUCACUUAAUCUACCCGAACAGAUGGAGUUCUGCUAUCUGCUCCAUGCAAUAUUUUAAGAAUGUGUUCGAACUAAGACAAAACUAAAACACUGUAUAUUUUGGCGUUUAUACUACAAACAUUGUCACUGCCCUCUCUUCAGCAUGGCGUCAACCUCAGCCUGGCACUCUGGAGCAGUUUAGUGCUUUGGUCUUUCACUGCUUCAACACGGGUAGGUUAAAGCAGUUAAGCUGGCCUGGUAGGCCAGCUCUCUUUCAGAGUGAAAUUGAUACAUUCAUAUAUAAACAUCCAAAUUUUGCAAAUUUCAUGCAGUAAGAAGACUUGCAGUGAGCAGCUUACCUAUACUGACUGGCUUUAUUAAAAUCAAAUGAUGAUCUAACAGAAUGAAAACUCAGCCUUUGAGCAGGCCAGUACUGAUCUAGACUUGAUUACAUGUGCUCACACAAGUGAACAGACAAAAACUGAGGCAUGCACCAUGGAGGAUUGCUUGCACCUUAUGCAGUGCCUCCCUCAUUUCAGACUGUAUACAAAGGCUGUGAAGAAAUGAGGUCUUCUCACAAAAUUUCCAUUCCGUAGGCUUGUGUAUAGGUGCACAUGUUACAUAUGGAGGCGCAGAGAAAUAGUGACGACCAAGUACAAGGAACAGUCAACGGUGCGACCAUAGCCUUCAAAGGUUCAACAUUGAAGUCUACAAUGGUUUCAGCAUGUAAUGAGAAGAGAGAAGUUAUCUUGGCAAGAAAGCAAUGACAACAGACUCUGGCGGCAAAAAGAAACAAGGAAGGUUUGAGAAGAGGUGAUAGGAUAAUAAGAAAUCAUAUAGAAUCUCAACAUUAUGAAGCUGGAGAAGGAGAGGGCAACUAAGAGGGCAAAGUAGAAGAAACUUUUCAGAAACAGCAACCCUAAAUAGAAAGAAGAACCAGCUGAAGGAUGACGGAUGUGUGCAAAAAUUAAGCAGUGAUGUCCAUGUGUUACCCUUACACAGCAGCUUACAGACUGACCUGCUGUGGCGGCUCAAUGGCAGUGUCAUUCAGCUGCUAAACACAUCGCAGGUUUGAUUCCUAGCUAUGAUGGCAGCAUUCUGAUAGGAAAAUGCAAAGACACUAGCAUACUUAAAUUUUAAUAAAUAAUCAAAAUUAUUCAGGAAUCCUCCACUAAAGUGGCUCAUACACGGGUCAUAACCCAUGUGUUACUUUGGGACUUUAAACCUCAUUAUUUGAUUAAGCUUACAUCUCGCUCCUUCGUAGCGUUUUUGUUGGAGCUUUCUGUUGCAAAAUCAUUUGCCUCCAAAGCAGUAAGAGCUGCUGGACUCAUAGGGUGACAUGUUAUCUUUGGUUUAGAAAAUUGAGUAUUCUCAACAAUCCAAUAAUAUUAGGAUGGCGUCAGUCCAGAAGGAUCUCAAUGGUGACCCCAAUAAGUCAACAACUGCUGAGAAGCAACUAUUGGGUGUCAAGCCUCUGGUUCAUGAAGACAUCCACUACAAAUUGUACAUCAUAAGAACAAGAAAGUUCAAGAACAAGAAACCAACAAAGGCUUGCAGGAUUGUCUUAUUCAAGGCACCUGCUAAAAAAAUGUUGAAUGUCUUGGAAGUAUGGCACCUUUUUCAGUCAAUUAGGAUGGUGUGCAAGAUCAACUAAUGAAGCAAAAAUAGCUUUGCUGAAGCACCCCAAAGGUUUCCUGCAUUGAGCACAAGAGGCUAUCUACAAUGAACAGUGUUUGACAUCACAUCAUGCGACCCAAUUUCUUCCCUCAAAGCCAUGGAUUUGCUGGUACUCUACGUUGAGGUGAUGCACAAGGUGGCAAAGACUAGGAUAGAAAGUGUUGCUAAGGGGCCGCUACAGGUUUUCUUGUAGCUGCCCCUUCUUGCAUACACAUGCUCCAUAACAAAAUACAGUAAGUUUCCAAUAAUUCGACUCCAGUUAAUGAAACUUUUCGAUUAAUUUGAUCCCAACCGAAGAUCUCGACCGGCGUCCACGAAUUUCUAUGGGCCUAAACAGUCGUUAUUCUGAUCUUAAAAUUGGCCUUCGCCAAAUAACUCAAAUUCGACCAGUCAGCAUGCACGCACAUGAACUCUAUGGUGACCCCCUUUACUAGCAGCGUCUGUCUCAGCAGAUCUUAUGGGACAGUGAAUGCAUUGAACACAUGUCAUCUGCCACUGAGAAAGCCUAUAUUUGGCCUGCCCUAGGGAGAUUUUCGAGUAAAAAUGGUAGUUCACAGUGCCUGAUUACGGUAUUUAUCAGAUUCUAACAUGUGCCUUUUCUCCCCCCCCCCCCCCCCCAAGAGAAUUGAACUGUCAACCACGUUCGCAUGUUUUGCUGCAUAAUGCAGCUUUAUUACAGUGAAACUGACUUUAGAAAACCGGCUGCCACUGUGCAAUACAUAUUAGAUCAGUGCUCAUUUUUCUUGCCAAAAAUCGGAUGUGUGUUAGAUUUCUACUUCGUUUAGAAGCUUUAAUAUUAACUCUAUGUUAGUUUUCUGCUUCAGACACAUAGAAAGCAAGCGCAUGUUGAUUCGGGGCUUGUUAGAAUCGGGCAAGUACUACAAAAUGAAUCAGCAGUGAGUUUUGACGUUUUAAUUCGACCUGCAGAUAAUUUCGUCAGUUCCGUCAGGGUUGAAUUAACGGUAGUCGACUGUAGUGGUUUGAUGAAAAGUUUCACGUAUCAUGCCUAACACGCUGCCACUGUGGGUGUGAUGGCAAACAUAAAUCCCAACCACAUCAGCUAAUACUGUAGAUGCUUUUGUACUGGUAUAUGGGGCUGCGCUUGAUAUUAUUGGUGAAUUUGACAAAUAAGCUUCAACCUAAUACAUAUGGAGAUCUAUGUUUAAGGUUUGGCACAAAUAAACUGGUUUUAAAAGGAAAAAAAAACCUUCACCAAGACCUUUGCUUAUGUUUAGGGUCAUUUGUUUUUGAGUAAAACUCAGUAACUCCCAAUUUUUGCACCCGAACAAAAUUUAAGACAAUUUAUGACAAUUUACUGUCGAAUUUUGCCCUUCUGUAAAUGACAAUAAUAAAUGGAGGUGUUUCAAAACUAAUGAAUGCUGGCCACCUUUUGUGAGCACGUGGUCAGAAUAUAUAUUAUCAUUAUUAUAUUAAUAUGGUAUAUGCCUCGGUCUCGCUCAACACAAAAGUGAAAACUGGCAUAUAUAAAGGUACAAUAUAUCCAGCACGUGCCGGCCUUCAGUGAACAAAAGCUUGUAGCUUUUUCACUUUAACAGCUGUGUUUAAAUGAAUAAAAAAAUGGUGCAUUACAUCUCAUUUUCCACAUGUCACAUAAUGUAAACAAUGGUAAUGCGCUAGGAAGCAAAGCAACACAGUGCUGAUGUUGCUGUGCAUUGCGAACGGUAGCUGUGACAUUGAGACAAUAUUUACCUUACUUUAUGUUCAAAGAAGUUGGACUUAUUGAUCUAGUUGGUAUUCCAUUAAUUUUGUUACAAGACAGUGUAUUCCGACCCAGUAAGACAGGAUGAUGAGAGAAAGGCAAAAAGCCCAACAAGUCCCCCCCCCCCCGUAGUAUGGACACAGAAACACUCCCAAAGCAUCAUAUAUCCAUGUCAACAAGCGCUUGCAAUAAUAUAAGGAGCGCCUGAUUUUUAUCGCCCCCCCCUCCCCCCCACCCAAUUUCAAGAAAUAUAAAACUCGAAAAUGAGGGACCCUAAUUAUGUUCCUUCACAAGUGCUUGCCACAUCCAGGACAGAUGAAUGUGGCAGGCACAUCCAUUCAGGAUUGCCUUAUUCAGGUGUCAAAAAAAGAACUGGAGUGUCUCAGAAGUAUGGCACCUUUUUCAUUCAGUUAGAAUUGUGUUAACGGAAUGCUGAUGGAAAAGCUCACAAUGUCCAUAUCAUGUGUUUCCCUUAAGUUCAUAAACAUCUCAUGCCAGGCAAGGAAUAACUCUUGCGAUACCAAGCUCACAGAGGCAGGACACUACGAAAGCACAAAAUAUCCAUGAAUGUUUCAACCAAUAGUCAAUGCUAUGUGUUACAUAUAUAGCUCAUGGAGGCAGAACAACUAGCAGCAAAACAAAAUUAAAUUUGCAGAACUAGAAUGACAGCAAGAGGGAAGGCAAAAGGCAAGAUGUAGACUUUUAAUUGUUUCACUUACAUGGGUGCAAACUGUUCUCAGUAUAUUUGACUAGAUGAGGCAACAUUGCAAGAGAGUGAAUUAUAUAUAGCAGCAAGCUACUGUCCAAAUACUUGCACAGAAGCAAACUGGAGUUGAAAACACAGAAAGCUUCCUUUCUCAUCUCACAAGAAAAGCAAUCACACAUUCUGAAAAAAAAAAAAAAAUGCCGAUGCUUUGUUUACAGCCUUGUAAUGGCAAUGGGUCCUUUGUACCUUAUAAGCAUGCAUGAUGUUCCAAUGGGCAAUGAGCAUGAGCAGGUGUUAUAUAUCAGCUAACAGAUAGCAUUCUUAUUUCUUCACAAUUCAUCAUACAACAUAUGCCCUAGCUAAUUUUUUUCUCUGCAUAUUUGUCAACCAUAUUGUGUGCUCAUUUUUCAUUUACACUUAUUAUGAUAAAAAAUGAACAGAAGGUGCCUAAUGAUGUUUAGUGGAUAAUUAUUGGAAAUACUUGUCUAUGAGCAUCCAAAAACAAAGGAAGCUAAGUUAUUGAAACCGACACUAGUCUGAAAUAACAGUUCAUUUUAAAUGAUUAUGGCUGCCGUGUUGGAAGUCACAGUAAAAAGCAGCACCUUAAUUUACUCUGCCCAGCCAUAGCAUUGUUGCAAAAAAUUUGAGCCUCCUGAUAGCUUCACGAACGGUUCUAGGAAUUUUUUAACGGCAUCAGAGAAGUAAGGCUAACCAAGUUUAUGAAGGGCACAUUCCACCAGUCCAC